GUGGGGUUAGCGCGCUAACCGUCAUCCUUGAUUCUAGCAUCUCCCGUCCUGGCAACGCGGCAACCGUCAAAUUUUGUCAGUUACUACCAGUUACCUAUUACACUCACACGAACAAGCACGAACGUGAAAAAGAUUUUGGCUGUCUCUACUUCGAUUUUAUUUUGGCUGUGGGAUUUUGCUUUAUUUAAGCAAUUGUAAGAAAGUACUAAAACCUGCCACAUUACAAGGUUUAGAAUUAAUAUCUGCGAGAAAUGCUGAAUUUUGGCCGCAGUCGAGUUGUGGACGGAACUACCCAACCGUCAAAAAUGUCUCGCAAUGCGACUUCCCACAACUUGCCACGACUGUUCCGCAAUGAAAACAUUCAGCCGAUCAGAAAACUGCGUCCUGUGUCCCGCGACGAUAAUACUGCGAAAAACAAGAGGAAAAAUGUACUCUCACCCUCCCACAUGAUGCAAGGACUAGGCACGAAGAGAUCAGCCUUUGCCGACGUUACAAACGGAAUGCAACGUCUUCAAAUCCCAAGGAAAGUGUUGAGCAUUAAUGACAGACUUAAAUCAAAAACCUCGGCAGCAAAGCGCCAGCCACCGACAAUUAAGGAGGAGGUAUCCACUGAAGAAGUGAAUGCAACCCUUUACCUAUCAGCCCUUGAGGAGCUGGAUGGAAAAGCACAGUCGCAACCCGAGUAUGAGACCACUUUGGUCAAGGUGCCAGAGAGGGCCAGUUCUGCUCCACCAGUGUCCGUCAGAAAUAAAAUCCAAGCCAGAGUUCCGCACAUACCCACACCUCACACACCUCCUCCCGGAGUAAAUGAUUUUGACAAGGAAACUGCUUCUGACACCAGUUCCAUAUCUGUGUACGCAGCGUACAUUUUCUCGUAUCUGAAGUCGCGAGAGGAUAAGUACUCUGUGAAGCCCAAUUUCCUGGACCAGCACACCGAGAUCACAAACGACAUCAGGUCAAUCGUAGUUGACUGGAUGGUGGAGGUUCAAGAAACCCUAGAGCUGAACCAUGAAACGCUGUAUUUGGCAGUAAAGAACAUGGACCUGUACCUGUCGAAUCCGAAGUACCCCAACAUGAAGGAUCCUGCAGCCAGUCGUCCGAUCAAAAGAACUCGCCUGCGCCUAAUCGCCUGCGCCUCAAUGCUGCUGGCCGCGCAGUAUGAUGAGCGACUGCCUCCACCAACCUCUGACUGGCUCCAGAUGUGCGACAAUGACUUUACUGCAGCUGAGUUGAACUCUAUGCAGCAGCAACUCUUCUAUGCCCUAGACUUUAAUCUAGGUGCACCGCUGAGCUACAGAUUCCUCAGGCGCUACUGCAGGGCAUGCUCAAUUGACAUUGACCUGCUGACCCUGGCCAGAUACAUCCUGGAAGCAGCCCUGAUGGACUCUCAGUUCUCUAGCGAAUCUGACUCCCUGAUGGCGUCAGCAGCCUUGUGGUUGGCCAUGUGCAUGGUCAAGGCCCCGAGCGACAAAGCCGUCCGUCGGGAUCUAUGGAAUGAAGGCCUUCAACACUACACAGGCUACAAGGUAACAAACUUUGAGGGGCUGGCAGCGCGACUGAAUGCGUGGAUCAGGAGUCUUCCCAAGGUGCACCUCAAGACGGUGUACUCAAAGUACUCGCACAAGGUGUUCCGCAAGGUUGCACUGAUCCCUCCGCUCGCGGAUCUUUGAACCAGGCACACGAUAGUCUUCGGCCUUCCUUCACUGUACUCAUAGUUUUGACUUAGGUGGGAUUUUUCUCGCUUUUAACCUGGUGGGGAAUUUUAUGAUUCUUUUCAUAUACAUGAUUUGAACUUAAUCGUUUUAAGAAACAGUGAUUUUGCAAGGGUUUUAAGUCUUAUUUCAAAAUGUAGAUUGGUGAGUAAGGAAAUAUAUUUGGAAGGAAGGAAUCAUCAGACAUGUUUAAAAUCAACCUAGCACAACCUGGUAACUUCCUGACAGGGUCUCAGAGUCUGAAACAGGAAGCAAAAUUAACAAUAUGGAUUGAUUAAAUUCGUCUAUUACUUGUAGUGAUUUUUAUCUUGGACGUACUCCCGUUAACCGAAACUCCAUUCUGGCCAAUUUUCACACCACUCCAGCAGCAAUCGCUGCUCAUGCUGAAAACGGCCUGAAAGAAGCGUUUAAAUUAGAUGACUAAUUUUUAUAUUUAAGUGGGGUCUCAGUCAGCCGCAUAAUUUUCAGAGUUAGCAGCUUGUCAGCCUGAUUUUUCCAAAUUUUUUUUUUACCAGUGGCUGAAAACGGAACCAAAAAGCUGGCUGGCACAGAGCGGCUGGUUGAGACCUCUAAUCGUAAUCACUAUCACACACACACACUCACCUCAGCUGAAAAUUUGACUUUUGUGCUCUUUACAUCCGCGUUGCUCAGAACUUCGAAUUCAGCACUUUUGCUCUUCAACUUUGAGACAGGAACAUCCCAUUUGAUUCCGUUCUCAUCCUCAUACGCAGUCCCAACUGACAUGUUGAAUCUACUUAUUUUCCCCGCAGAAUUGAAUUUGAAUUCAAGACGCUGGAAUGGAGUUUUGAUUGGCGCCAACAUUAAUUUUUUGCUGAUCACAUUUUCCUGCAAAGGAACGUUGUUUAUUUCUUUGAAAGAAGCUUUGGCUCGAUGGAAGUUUACCGUUAAUGUAAAGUCUAGAGGAGCCAAGCACGAAGUUGAGUAGUGAAGAAGCUCUGACUUAACACUCGAUGGAUUGAAUUUAACAGUGGUGCUUGUGUCAGAUGCCAUUUCUAUUUUCGCUCGGGGCGCCAGAGCCAUAAAUUUCAUGGGGGAAGAGUGCGAUAUUGUCACUAAAACUUCUGGUCGAUGGCUGGAAAUCUCAUUUAUCGUCACACUUAUAACUCCAGUUGCAAAAGUCUGGUUCUGAAAUCCGUUAUUUGAGCACAUUUGACAUUUAUUCUGUAGAAUUCACUUGAAGUAUUUCCCAUCGUCGAAAUUAAAACCAGACAUUGUAGUUCCUAGUUGCCAAGAGCGUCAAUUUACUUUACCAACUAUGAUUGGCUUUAUAUCUCAAUCAUACUCUAUGUUGAAAAUUUUGAAAUUAGUACAUAAUUUAAUAUUAACUCUGGUUGGGGCUAUCACAAAAAAUAAAUUACACAAAUUGAUUAUUUGUUGCAUUACCUUUUUCAUGUAAGCUGUUUGCUCUCCUGAGAAAAAGAUGAAGAAACAUAGUCCUGUGAAUAAGGCAGGCGGGAAUUUUUUUCCUACAAAAUUUCUAUUUUACUCAGAAGAGCAAACAGCUUCUAUAAAUUAAGUAUUGAAAUCAAAUACAAAUAAAUAAUAUUCAAGCAAUAAAUAUUGUUCUUGAAAAAUAUUUAUCAGUGUAAAUAUUAAUUUAUUUACUAAUUUUUACAAUGAAGUAUGGCAGAGAUGUAAAACCGAAACUAGUCAGAAAAAUAAACUGACGCUCAAGGUUAAGCAAUGUCUGGUUUUUAUAUUUUAUCUUGAUUUCUUUAUAUUUUACCUGAACUUGGUGAAUUUGUUCAGAAAUGUGGAAAACAAAGUGGCUCUUGCUUUUUAUUUGAGGAUUUGGAUUCCAGAUUGCAACUUUAGUCUUAUCCUGACGCUUUUCCUGCAAAGCGGCUUGGAUCACUUGCUCCGUCAGAGCAAUACUUUCAGUCUGUGGUCUUCCAAAUGGAAAAUUAACAGCCAUUAUUUUGGCCAGCUGCAUUUUCAGAUCUGUGCGCUGCAGGAAAAUUUCACACUAAGCCUGGUAUAUCGAUUUUAAAGAGAAAAUUUUACCUGACUCAAAUCACCACCUAGUCGUUCUGCAAUAGCAUUUAAACAGUCAAGAGUUUGCGCCACUUCCAACACAGAGCUUUCAAAGGAGUGACUUUGAAUUGAGUAUUAUUCGUAUCUGAGUCCACAGUUACCUUUGUGGAUCCUCGAUCAAUGGUAAUGCACACAAAAGCAAUCCUCGGUGUUGCAAAAUCACUACUGGUUCCAAAUUCUCAUCGCCAGUGGAGACUUGAAAUGCUGGAGCCAUACAAAUUUUAUCACAUCGGUCUCGACUAAACACAAAGCUUUCUGAAAUGAUUUUGUAAAGGAAUAAAUUAUACGUAGGCAAGAAAAAUGUAUCACGAUUUCGUACCUGAAUUUUUUAUCCCAGUCUCCACAAGAACCGCUUCGACAAAUUUAUUAGGCUCAAACAGUUUCUGGUAAUUGUUGGUUUUUUGAGCUCGUAACUCAACAGUUGGAAAGAGCCUAAGUUUUUAAGAAAUAAUGUUAUUGUUCUCUGAAAUGACAAACUCAAUUCAAAAUCAUACCUUUGGAAGACGGGUGCACCUUCGUUCGGGCUAAUGACCCAAAAAGCUCUCAAUGCAAACGGCAUGGUAGUAGUUUCAAAAUUGAUUAAUUCUGUUUUUUAUUUUAAUAUCUGACCAUCACUGGCGCUAUGAAGCUGUAAAUAAUGAUAAUAAACACAGUCACAGAUCACAUGUUUUGUGUUUACGCUUAGUACAGCAAUUCAUUCGUACAGCGCAAGCUCAGUCGAAAACGAGGGGCGGGAGCAUAAUGAAUCUGACACGCACAAGCACAGUGCAUAGAAAAUCUUAAGAAAUAUUGUGAAUGUCAUGUCGUAUUGAUAUCAUUUUUUUAAGUUAGAAGAGAGUUAACUCUUUUAAAAUUGCUAGCAUUUUUAAAAUGGACAGCAUAUUAUUAAUUUUAAUUAGUCAAUUGUCAAUUGCAAAACAUUAAGGCUUCUUAAUUUUGUCACUUUUAAUUUUGAUAUUUUUAUAUUUUGAAUGUUUUAGUCUGUGCAUAUAUGCAAACAUUUCUUUCUUUUAACUUGGUAGUAUUAUUAUACUUAUGUUGUGAGCAAAACUUUUAUAUUUUUCACGGAAUGAUACACAAAAUGCGACAUACUUGCUAGUUUAGCACUAAAAUUGAAUUCUAUUAAGAAAUUAAAUAACGGAUGACUUCAAGUGCCAAUUCUUUCUUAGUUUUGGAGAUUGAAGUAAAACCUAUAUAGCAGGACAUUAUUGUAAAUUUAUGUCCUAGUCGAGUUAAAAUUUUUGAUUAUUCUCCCUUUUUGCCAAAAGUCUAUUCUAUAUAUGACGCAAAUAUUUUAUAAGGGUCAAGCUGUGCAUUUAAAAAGCUUUUAAUAUUUAGGACUGCACCCUUUUUUAGGGGCUUUAUGAAUAUUGAUUUUGUAUUGACAUAUUAUAAGUAAUUAAUGGCUAAAUAAACAUUUUUUGCCUAACC